AUGGCGACCACGUCCUCUAUGUUCAUGUACUCUCUCACCAUCCAGCCUCCCACAGCUGUCACCCAGGCUAUCUUAGGCCAGUUCGCUGGCACCAAAGAGCAGCAGAUAGUCACAGCGUCUGGCUCGCGGCUGACCCUCCAGCGACCCGACGCAACUCAUGGCAAUCUGACGACCUUGCUCUCCCAUGAUGUGUUUGGAAUCAUCCGGUCACUAGCUGCGUUCAGGCUCGCCGGCAGCAAUAAAGAUUAUAUCAUCAUCGGCUCCGACUCCGGACGAAUCACCAUAAUCGAGUACGUCCCGGCGCAAAACCGAUUUAACCGCGUUCAUCUCGAGACAUUCGGCAAAUCUGGCGUACGACGAGUUAUACCCGGCCAGCAUCUUGCCGCCGAUCCCAAAGGCCGAGCAUGCAUGAUCGCUUCGGUGGAGAAGAACAAGCUCGUCUACGUUCUCAACCGGAAUGCGCAGGCAGAACUCACCAUCUCUUCGCCUUUGGAGGCGCACAAGAACCAGACGCUGGUCUUUGCGAUGAUCGCCUUGGAUGUUGGCUAUGAGAAUCCAAUCUUCGCUGCACUCGAACUGGACUACGGUGACUCAGACCAAGAUCCCACAGGCCGAGCAUAUGAGAAUGCGGAUAAGCAACUAGUCUUCUACGAGCUCGACCUUGGUCUGAAUCAUGUUGUUCGAAAGUGGACGGACACUGUGGACCGCACAGCGAAUAUGCUCUUCCAAGUGCCGGGAGGCACGGAUGGACCUAGCGGCGUUCUCGUUUGUGGUGAAGAGAGCAUUACAUACCGACACGCAAAUCAAGAGGCUUUCCGAGUGCCCAUACCUCGACGGAAAGGUGCCACCGAAGAUCCAGAGCGCAAGCGUUACAUCACGGCUGGCGUCAUGCACAAGAUGAGAGGGACUUUCUUCUUCUUGCUGCAGUCUGAAGAUGGCGACCUUUUCAAAGUCACGAUCGACAUGGUUGAGGACGAUAACGGUCAGCCGACCGGCGAAGUUGCGAGACUGAAGAUCAAGUACUUCGAUACAGUCCCUCUUGCGUCGAGCCUUUGCAUCUUGAAGAGCGGCUUCCUUUUCGUUGCAGCUGAGGCCGGCUCUCACCACUUCUACCAGUUUGAGAAACUCGGCGACGACGACAACGAGGAGGUCUUUGACAGCGACAACUUCCCGGCGGAUCCGACAGAACCUUACGAGCCGGCUUACUUCCAUCCGCGAUCUGCCGAAAAUGUCGCCCUGGUACAGAGCAUAGACUCGAUGAACCCGAUGAUGAGCUGUAAAGUCGCCAACCUGACCGACGAGGAUGCCCCUCAAAUCUACUCCAUCUGUGGGUCUGGUGCACGAAGCAACUUCAAGACACUGAAACAUGGCCUAUCUGUGUCCGAGAUCGUUGAAUCGGAACUGCCCAGCAUGCCAUCCGCCGUGUGGACGACGAAGCGAAACAGGGAAGACCAGUACGAUGCGUACAUCGUCCUUUCAUUCGCCAACGGUACGCUUGUAUUGAGCAUCGGCGAGACCGUGGAAGAAGUGACCGACACUGGAUUCUUAUCCUCUGCCCCAACGUUAGCAGUACAGCUUCUUGGCGAGGACGCGCUGGUCCAAGUUCAUCCGAAGGGCAUUAGGCACAUCCGACCAGGAGGCCGAAUCAACGAGUGGCCUGCUCCGCAGCAUCGAUCAAUAGUUGCCGCUACGACCAACGAGCGCCAGGUCGCAGUCGCACUCAGCUCAGGCGAGAUCGUCUACUUCGAGAUGGAUGUUGACGGCUCACUUGCUGAGUAUGACGAGAAGCGCGAGAUGAGUGGUACAGUGACCUGCUUGAGUCUGGGUGAGGUGCCUGCAGGCCGCGUGCGAAGUGCGUUCCUUGCAGUAGGAUGUGACGACUCCACUGUGCGCAUCCUCAGCCUUGACCCUGACUCUACUCUGGAGAAUAAGUCUGUGCAAGCCCUGACUGCCGCUCCUUCUUCACUGAACAUCAUGCCUAUGGCCGACUCCUCGUCCGGUGGCUCUACUCUAUAUCUCCACAUUGGUCUCUAUUCUGGCGUCUACCUACGCACGGUAUUGGACGAGGUGACUGGCGAGCUCUCGGACACCCGCACACGCUUUCUCGGACCGCGUCCUGUCAAGCUCUUCCGUGUGUCUGUUCAAGGUCAACCUGCUGUGCUUGCGCUGAGUUCUCGGUCAUGGCUUGGCUACUCGGAGCCGCAAACAAAGUCCUUCAUGCUAACGCCACUCGACUACGUGCCACUUGAGUGGGGAUGGAGCUUCAGCAGUGAACAGUGCACUGAAGGCAUGGUUGGAAUCCAGGCUCAGAAUUUACGGAUCUUUAACGUAGAGAAGCUAUCCAACAACCUCCUCCAGGAGACCAUUCCCCUCUGCUACACCCCCCGACACUUCGUUCGACACCCUGAUCAUCCGCUCUUCUACGUUAUCUCAUCUGACGCGAAUGUCCUCGCCCCCUCAACACGCCGGCGCCUCCUCGCAGACCCCGCCCUCGUGAACGGCGACGCUGCCGUACUGCCGCCAGAAGACUUCGGCUACCCGCGCGGCAAAGGCCAUUGGGCAUCCUGCAUCCAAGUUGUUGACCCCGUAACCACCAAAUCCGUGCUCGAGACCCUAGAGCUGGAAGAGAUCGAAGAAGCUGCGAAGCAAGCAGCCGUAAACGGAGCAUCUGUGAACCAAGCAGUUGUGAGCCAAGCAGCCGUGAAUGAGGCAGCAGUAAGCAUGUGCAUUGCAAGCUUCGCCUCCCAAGACAACGAGACCUUCCUCGUCGUCGGCACAGGAAAGGACAUGGUCACAUCCCCACGCAGCUUCACCUGCGGCUUCAUCCACGUCUACCGCUUCCACAACAACGGGCGCUCUAUUGAGUUCAUCCACAAGACCAAGACCGAUGCGCCCCCGCUCGCCCUCCUCCCCUUCCAGGGCCGCCUCCUUGCAGGCGUAGGCGCAGAUCUUAAGAUCUACGACCUCGGCAUGAAACAGCUGCUCCGCAAGUCGCAAUGCCUCUCCGUCGUGCCAAAUCUAAUUGUCGACCUACAAACCCAAGGGUCCCGCAUCAUCGUCGCAGAUGUGCGCGAGUCCGUAACCUAUGUGGUCUACAAAUUCGCCGAAAACACGCUCAUCCCCUUCGCCGACGACACCAUCGCGCGCUACACGACCGCGACCACGAUGCUCGACUACGAGACCACGGCCGGCGGCGACAAGUUCGGCAAUCUGUGGGCGCUGCGGUGCCCCGCCAAGGCCUCGGAGGCGGCGGACGAGGAGGGCGGCGGCGCCCAUCUCGUGCAUGAGAGGGGGUAUCUGCAGGGCACGAGCAACAGGCUCGAGCUCAUGGUGCAUUUCUUCACGCAGGACAUACCGACCGCGCUGCAUAAGACGGCGCUGGUGCCUGGUGGCCGCGAGGUGCUGCUGUGGGGCGGGCUUAUGGGCACGCUGGGGAUUCUGGUGCCGUUUGUGAGUCGCGAGGAUGUGGAUUUCUUCCAGAGUCUGGAGGGGCAUCUGAGGGCGGAGGAUGCGCCGCUGGCGGGCAGGGAUCAUUUGAUCUAUAGGAGCUAUUAUGUUCCUGUUAAGGGGGUUAUUGAUGGCGAUCUUUGCGAGAGGUAUGCGAGGUUGGGACGGGAUGCGAAGGAGAGGAUUGCGGGGGAGUUGGAUCGGAGUGUUAGGGAGGUGGAGAGGAAGAUUGCGGAUAUGCGCACGCGUGUGGCGUACUGA